AUGCGGAAGACCAAGAAGAGAGAGAUGAACCACCACCAGACGCUUGCCGCCGCUGCUGCUGCUGAGGAGGAGGACGUGGGCACGUGUUCCAUAUGUUUCCUCGCCUUCAGCGCGAGCGAGGCCGACCGCCUGCCGCGGCUGCUCAAGUGCGGCCACUCCUUCUGCACCGCGUGCCUCACCCGCCUCCUUGGCUCCACCACCCCCGCACCCACCACCAACGCCGAAGCCGAAGCCGAAGCCGAACUGGCGGAGGCCAUGAAUCUUCUGCGGUGCCCCAAGUGCCGCACGGUGACGCGUGUUCGUCUGGUCGACGGCGAGGCCGCGGCGGAGGGCGUGAAGGGCCUGCCACGCAACUUUGACCUCAUCGACCUCCUCUCCUCCUCCUCCUCCUCGGCCCGCAGCCAGAAGCAGCAGCCGCGGCCCUCCAGCGGGCGGCGGACGGGAAAGGCCUCGGCUGCGCUCAAGUGCGCCAACUGCGAUAGCCAUCCGGCGGAGAAGUUCUGCGAGCAGUGCAGCGGCGCCCACCUCUCCACGCAUUCCCUGCGCUACGGAGCCAUGUGCGUGUCGGCCGACGCGCCCGAGCCGCGCGCCGCGUGCGAGCACCACCGGGCCAAGAAGGUGGAGAUGUGGUGCGAGCGCGACGGCGUGGCCGUGUGCGUGGUGUGCCUCGUGGCGGGGCCGCACAAGGGCCACGACGCCCUCACCAUCGAGGAGGCCGAGCUGCGAGUGCGUGAGCGGGUCGAGCUGGCCCAGGUGGAGGCCGCCAUGGGCGAGGUCGAGGCCGGCGAACAGGAGAGCGGCCGCGAGGCGCGGGCGGCCAUCAAGCAGCACUUUGACCGGAUGCGCUAG